CUUCAGUGCUUCUUCACAGAGCAGAAAGAAAGAGAGAGUUCACUGAGGAGGAAAUCUGUUCUCUGUUUCUGUUGCUUGAUGUUUUUGACUCUGGAGCAGAGAAAUGAGAUUGAAGAUCAGCAGCAACUGAAACGACAGACAGACAUGGACAAACAGAAAGUGCUGGCCAAGCUGAUCUGGGAUCUGCAGUCCUUCCUGUCUGUUCUGGACUCUGAACAGAACCUGAGUUACAAUGCUCAAUCUCAGAAGAAAUCCAUUUCAGAGCUGCUGUCCAAACUGCAAACAAACGACACUCCUGUGGAAGAUGCUGAGUACAUGAUCAUGAGCUGUCCAUCAUCGUCUCCUGGCAACGAGCUGGCAGACACACCUGGGACAGAUGUGUCUGCUUGUCCAGGAGGUGUCCAGUCUGAGCUGGUCUUAAAUAAGGACUCACCUGUGUGGCUGACAAAAGAGGGCCCUGAGGUGCCACCCCUACCUCCAGGAGGUCUCGGAGGUGAUGAGGAUGAUGAAGAUACCUAUGAGGAGGCGGAACCUUACUUACCUGACACAACCAUGUCUAACACUGAGAAGGCGGAGUCAGACAGCAGUCACUACGAGUCGUACGGGGAGGAAGAUGGCGAUGAUGAUGAUGAUGAUGAUGAUGAGAAGCCUGUGAAGGACAGAGCUCACUAUAUCCAAUGGAGCGCCUCCCAGCCCUGCUUAAGACCCAUCCCCGAGUCCCGCCUCUGUGGUUACCUGUGGAAAAGAAAAUGGCUUGGACAGUGGACCAAACAGCUGUUCAUUAUCAGGAGUGACGUAAUGCUGUGUUAUAAGUGUGCUCAGGACCUGCUGCCUCAGCUGGAGUUGAACCUGCGCGGCUGUCAGCUUUUCUACAAAUCAAAGAGCAAUAGGAAGAUCCAGCACCAGCUGAAACUGGUGUUACUGGGAUCAGAGACACUGGUGCUGGGUUACAGCAGCUUCCAGCAGGCCGACGAAUGGAGGAGGGUGAUAGAGGAGGUGAGUGCCGGGCGUGAAGUGGAGACUCAGAGCUCGUUGUCUCUGGUCAGAUCAGACGGGCUGCUGUCCUGCAGGUCCAGUACAGUCCAGACUGACUCUGAGGAAGAGAAACCUUCAGCUGGCUGCAGCCUCAACAAAGACAAAGGUUUCCUGAGCGUGCUGAUGAACUGUCAGUGGCAGAGUUUACUGUGUCAGGUGGAGGCAGGUCUACUCAACAUGUUUGGAGAGGAGGAAAAGGAGGAGGAGGUUAAGAGGUCGCCUCAGUACACCGUCCAGCUCAGAGGGUGUGAGGUCAGAGGCGGGCCUGACACCGACCACUCCUACAGGAUCACACUGAGCAUGCUUGGUGACCAGGUGGCUGUGCUGGAGGUGAAUAGUUCAAGUGAAAAGGAGCGAUGGUUAAAGCUGCUGCAGGACGGAGCUGCCAAUCACAGUCACCAUGACAGGAACACACAGAUCAACACAGGUGGAGCUCUCAGUGGGCUGCAGACUCGAAGGUUUCCCACCUCCAAUACCUACAUGGACGACCCCUUCCACCUUAGUGGAGCAGGCCAAGACCAACCCAUCUACUCCAACACCUCCAUACUGGAGCUUAUGCUCCACAGCUCUCAGGAUUCAGUUCAAUGCAGCUCGGUGUCAUCUAGAGACUCAGUGACCUACAGCAACACCGCCUUCACCGGCCACAACAGGAAGUCGAUGGAAGUGGAACGAGGCAUUCAGAAGCUUGAGUUAACGGGGAAGAGGACGGUGCAGCGGAGGGCAGGGUCAGAGAUAAACCUGGCCUCUGUCGGAAAGCAAAACAAACGCACCUCUUUUAGACAGUCGCUGGCCAUCUGCAGUGAGCGUGCUCAGGCGAGUUUCCUGAACCCUCUGCUGCGACGGACGGCCUCAGCUAAAAACUCCCUCAGACGAGCUCCUUCAGCGCUGUUCAUUGAACAUGGGAAGGUAUUCCAGAGGAGGAAGGAAUGGGAAACCAAAGCUGCUGCUUGAUACUAACCAUAUGUCGUCAUCAUCAUCAUCAUCAUCAUCAUCAUCAUCAUCUACAAACAGUCCUCUCAAUUGAAGAACUUUCUAAAAUGCUUUACAAUGAGUGAAGUUACUCAGUAUGGUCAGAGGUGGAGAAAGUAUAUUUUACUUCCAUAAAAGUAGUAAUACCACAUUAUAGAAAUACUAUGUUACAAAUUAAAGCCCUAAUCUUAAAUAAAAUCACAAAAAGUAUUAGCAUCAAAAUAUACUUGAAGUACCAAAGGUACUCAUUAUGUAGAAUAAUAAAUAUGAUUGGAUUACAACUAAUGAUGCAUUAAUGUGUUUAUCACUUUAAUGUUGCAGAUGGUAGUUGAUACAUCCUCAUUCAUUAGUUGAUAAUAUUUUGUUUUGACUGAUUCUGUAAAGUAAUUAAAGUUAUUAGAUAUGUGUAGAUAUAUCUCAGUCUGAGAUGUAGUGGCUAAAAGUAUAAAGUAGCAGAAAAUUGACACUAAGUAAAGUACAAGUAUCUCAAAAUUUUACUCACACCACUGAUUAAAGUCUACAUCAAAUGGAUUGGUAUUAUGUUGGAUUAAUGCUGAGCAAUUAGCUGAUUUCACAAAACAAGUCACCAAAAUCAAGAGAACCUUGUGUGACUUUAAGAUGACACAAAGUUUGUCAUCUAAAACAUCUGCAAGCAGCCCAAAAAUUAUGACUGUUCAGACUGCAGCAACUGUCAAUGUCAACCAUGCCAAUCAUGUCUGUAUGUGCAACACCCGAUUCAGUCUAAACAGAACAAAGUGCACGGCUGGUUUUAGACCUUUACAAUGUGAUGUUGGUAGUUUUCAUUUAUUUUAUUGGUCAUGUUUUCAGGCCAGUGCACAAUUGAAGGUAACUGCACCGGAGUUAGCUAGCAGCUAAUUUACCCGUUGCCCGUGGGCAGCUGCACAAACAAUAACCACAGAAUAGCAAACAUUAAACAGCACAAUACAUAAAAGUCAAUCAAUGCGAGAUAAUGCAUUAAAUCAGUAUGAUAAAUACUGGGUUUGGGGCUGGUUUUAAACACUGCAAAGCAUCCUGAGUCUGUCUGUGAGUAUGGAAUUUCAUACUCAAUUUCACUUCCCCACUACUUUAACUGAAAAAGCAGAUUGACCAAAGGCUACCCUUUUGAACUACAGUACCCAGUCACCUUGGGUAGAGUCUCUAGUCUUACUGGCACUGCUGCUGCCGGGAUAGGCAAGGCAUCCUGUAACAGAAGGGUGUGAAAGAUUAUGAAUAACUUUAUACAUCAGGAAUGCAUCAGAGUAAAAUAAGAAGUCAAAAUUGGGGACCCCUUUUUUUUCAGGAUAUUUUAUUAAUGAUGAUCCUUUGGCUUUUAGAAUUUGUUGAGCGAGUGUGUAAACAGGCUUGAGUCUCACACCUGCCUUUGUUUCAUAAGUACACACAUGAAAGCCCUCACACUGCACAUUCUUUAUUAACAUCUUAUUUUAACACUAAUCUGGGUUUAUUUUAGUCCAAUUAGAGACUUUGAUUUUGAUUUUGAUAUCUACAGUAUAUAUAUACUGUUUAUAUAAUCAAUAAACAUUUUUUUUAGCAAUAAUAUAGGUGCUUAUGAAUCCAGUGUACUUCCUGUUGUUCUUGGAGCUCUGAAUCAGCUGUAGCAAAUGAACUGCAGGCACUUCUUUCUUAAGCCACUCUACAGUGUGAAAACAGACAUGUUGUGGACUUUCCGGUGUGUUUGUGGUGAAGUCUGUAAAUUGUAAUAGAAAUCCUCUUCUUUGUGCUCAGUUUGAUGACUUAUUGUUGUGAAUUUCAGGUCACAUUUGUUUAAGUUAGUUCUAUUUAGUUUAAUACCACAUGUUCUCUUUUAUGUAAUUGGGUUUUAACUGAAAACGUUUUAUAUCUCUUCUUAUUUGAUCUGCACAAUGUUAUUAUACACAUGUUGAUUUAUCUUAUGUUUAUUUCCAUGACUUAUAUUUACUGGAUUUAAUGAUAAUCUCAGGAGAACGUUUCUUUAUUGAUGUUGUACUAAACUCUGAUCUGUAAAAUGAUGCUGUAAUGGAAAAAUUGAAUUUUACAUAGUAUUUUGUAAAGUUUUUAAAUUACAGCAGGGAUACAAAAAGUGUAUCCCUGUGGUGAAAGAAGUACUCAGAUGUUUUUCUUCAGUAAAGGUAGUAAUACCACAGUGUAGAAAUACUCUGUUAGUAGUAAGAGACCUGUAUUCAUUAUUUUACUUAAGUAAAAGUAGAAAAGUACAAGCAUCAAAACAUAUUUAAAGUACAAAAAGUAAAAGUACUCAUUAUGCAGAAUGACCUAUUUCAGAAUCAUAUUCAAUGAAAAAUGACUGAUGCAUUAAUGUGUUCAUCACUUUAAUGUGGCCGCUGAUAAAGGUGGAGCUUGUUUUAAUUACAUAUGCUGCUGGGUAUUCUAAAUUUCCCCCGUGGAUAAAUAAAGAUUCAUAUUAACCUAAAA